CCUGUGCAGCUCAGAGCUUGAUUGAAGCUCACAGUGACAGGAAGACGAAGUUUCCCUCUCACUUCCAUGAACGAUCAUUUCUGGCUGCUUCGAUGAGCUCCAAACCCAGCUUGAUGGCCGUAGAAGGCAGCUACUACUUACUACCCAUUGCACCGGCGGAGGCGCAGGAGACUCUGAGAGAUCUUUCUCAGCACCUGCUCUUGCAUUGCGUAUCAGUAAAGGCUAUCAUUAUAUAAAGGAUCUAAGAGCUCUGGAUUCUUCAGCAGCACAACACUUUGCUCUGGAACCUCCUGACUUUCACAUCUUGUUCAUUCCAUUCCGUUCCAUUUCUUUGUCCGUUUUAAAAGCCUAGCGUGAAUUUCUUCUCUUAACCAUUUCAAGAUGUCUGGAUGCGGAAGCUCUGCUUGUUCAUGUGGCGCUGCCUGCAAGUGCAGCACUGGCAACAGCUGCUGUUCCUCGAGGUCCAUGGACACCUUUGAGAGCUCUGAGAUGAGAGGCUUUGAGGGCGCCAACGAAGGAUGCAAGUGCGGUGACAAGUGCUCAUGCAACCCUUGCAACUGCAAGUGAGAGGGGAGAUUGAAGCUAUGGAAGUCAUACUGAUCUGCUGGCAUGCUGAUCUACUUACAGCAGCCCUUUGUAGGAAGUCUGAAAGUGGUGAUGAAGCCUCCUUCAAUGUAGAAGGCUGAGAUCCUCUGUAAAUUGGAUGGAGUAAAUAAAGUAAUAUCUUCAGUGCGAAUUUGUCUGUUGACGGUUGCUUAUAGUCGUCUGUGUCCAAUUAUGCGCACUGCAGCUGAUUCAAACAUUGUAAAUUGGGGGAAUAAAUGGGAGGCGAGGCAAUUU